UGAAAAUGUAAACUCGGUUUUUCUCGAAGAUUUUAUUCAUUUUAUUCUUUCAGACUUUUUAAUAUACCAAGAUGAUUACAAUGAUUUUGAAGCAGGAACUUUCACAAGCUCUCGAAAGGAUGUUGCAGAUUUGGAAUGGCAAACAAUGCUCUAUCUUAUUAAAAGAAUUUGGAUGUGGAUGGUUGUUCUUCUUGUUAUAUCAGAGAUUUUGAAGCAGAAAUGUUACUUUCAUGCAUUACAAAUAUUCAGAUUAACCCUGUCUGUGAUUUUUAUACUUAUUUAUUUAGGACCAAUAGCCCUAAUUGGAAUUUUAGCUCAACCAAUUAUAUUGAGAAUUAUAUCAAAUAUAAGUUCAAGGAAAUUGGUGCUAUGGAUUUCCAAUAUCCUAUUCAUAUUGAUGAUAUCAAUGUACAAGUAUUAUAUUUCAAAUGAAUCAUUUAUGAUCUGGUUGAAUUACAAUGAAAAGGAGAACUACCUCCAUAUUUUAGCAAUUUACUGGACGAAUCUCAGAACUUUCUCAUUUUUUAUGGAACACAGUCAAGAGCAAGAGCAAACAUCUAUAUUAGAUAUGCUUAGUUACUGCCUUUAUUUGCCUGUUUUAUUCAAUGGCCCAUUUAUUUUUCAUGCAGACUUCAAGCAAAGUGAAAAUAUCAGGUCACCAUGUAGAGAAAGAUUAUGGAUAAUUUUGAAAAAUGUUGCCAGGUUUAUUUUUUGGAUGAAUUUUGUAGAAUUUGCACUCCAUAACUAUUAUGUUAAUGCUACAUCUUUCCAAGUACAGCUCGUUGAGUCUUUUGACGACUGGGCUUUAUAUGGUUAUGGGUAUUUAAUGGGGCAAUAUUUCCAUAUGAAGUAUCUUGUAAUUUAUGGUUUGAGCACAAGUGUAGCUAAGUUUGAAAACAUUCCUGUUCCUUCUUUGCCAAAAUGUAUUGGACGAAUACAUUUAUAUUCAGAUAUGUGGAAAUAUUUUGAUAAUGGAUUGUACAGAUUUCUAUUGAGGUAUAUUUAUGUCCCCAUGUUAUCCCAUUUGAAAAAUAAAAUUUUGGCAAGCUUUGCGUGUUUCACCUUUGUUUAUAUAUGGCAUGGACUGGAUGGCUACAUAUUUAUUUGGGUUAUUUUGAACUUCUUUGGUGUUGUAAUUGAGAACUUGAGCACUGCCAUUUAUAAGGCUCAUUUGAGAAGCUCCAAAAUUGAGCUGUUCUUAGGAAUGCAGUGGAUUAGGAGGAUAACCUGUUUCUUUGCAAGUUUUUUGCUUGCCAUGUCAGCAAUUUCCAAUUUCUAUUUUUUCUCCAGUAUUAGUAUUGGCUCUGUGUUUGUGACUAGAAUAUUGGAAGCUAGUUUUACCAGCAAUACGAUUUUAAUAUUGGCUUUGUAUUGCUGCUGCCAAUUUUCCACAGAAUUAAAGAAUGUAUCGAAUGGAGAGAAGAAGUCUCGAUUUUAACAUUGUCUAAUUUAUGUAUACAUAUACUUGAAAUGAAUAUACAUUUUUUGUAAAAAUCUUUUCAAUAAAAAAAUAUUUGGUUAA